CUGAUGUGCUGACAUAGCCAUGUAAUAGUUCACUUGCACUUCAUUUACUCAAUUAUAUUACUUAACGUUACCAAUACUGAUGUAGUUUUAAUGCCUUUCUAGACUGAAGAGUCCUGUGCAGAUUAAAUUGGUUUCCCAAAGACUGAUGAUGGGUGAGAACGCGUCAGAUGGAUACGAAGACUCGGAAUGCAAAGACAGUAGGUGCUCUGAAGAGUGGCCUGAUCUUGAUCUCGAUUUCCAGAAGUAUGGUGCAUACUCCAACUAUGAUGACAGGGAUCCGUACAGUAUCACCAAUGAAUCGGAGAAACUACAGGCUCUGGAAGAGCAACAAGAACUGCUGAAUUCAUCUCUGAUGGCUCUUACAUCUCACUUUGCUCAAGUUCAGUUUCGUCUUCGUCAAAUUGUGGAUGCUCCAUCAAAUGAAAAAGAAACUUUACUACGAGAUUUAGAAGAAUUUGCCUUCCGUGGAAUCCCAGAAGUACAUCAUAAUCAUGCUAGAUACUCAAUAACUUCGGAAAAACAACUAGAAGAAACACUUAACACUCAAAGGGAGAAACAGAAAGAGCUGAUUGCGCAGCUCAAAGAACAACUUGAAGACUUGGAGAAAUAUGCAUAUGAGACUGGUGACGCUGAAUUACCGCAAAGCAUUGUGAUAGAGCGUCAAAAAGUAAUCAUUGAUCAAUUAAAGGAGAAACUUAAUCUAAAUGUCGAUCAAAUAGAUAAACUUACAAUUGAUGACUUACGGAAUCAAGUGGACAGGGCAAUUGGUCAAUUGGUUAACCCUCUGAAGAUGAAAGAGCAACUAGUUGUCCAGUUGAAAACUCAGAUUUCAGACUUGGAACGUUUCAUUGAAUUUUUACAAGGUGGCUCUCCGGCAGAUUUGAAUUUCAAAGUAUCAGACUACAAGUGCAAUUGCAAUGCCCACGAAACAGAACACAAACGCUCAUCUUGUAAAUCAAGCCGUAAAUCCCAGUACUCCAGUAGCACUAGGAAAAAAACAGAAGAGGAGCUUCGGACAAAGACUUUAAAUGUAAUGAAAAGGAUGUCAGCAUUACUCCACUUUUUUGCACGAACGCAAUUCGGCUGCGAGGAGCAUUUCAAAAAGAACACUCUGAAGAAAACAAUGAAGAUCAACCAUUGGGGAGAUCUGCGAGCACAAUUGGAGUUAGCUGUUGUAGAAGUGCUUCAGCUCAUCAGCGAACCGGAAGUGUUACCUGAUAGCGACUACAUGUCUGAUAGUGAAGGUGCAGCAUCAGUGCAAUGUAAUGGAAAACUAGCAUCCGCUGUCCGGAAACACUUAGCGAUGGGCAUCCAAAACUUGAUGCAACACGGACUAAUGCCGGUCGGUCAGUCAAUGAGCUUAGUACCUUUUAUUAGUUGUUUCCCUGUACGACAAUCCACCCAACAAGAGACGAUGCAUGCGUGGGAACUGAUUUUGAAGUAUUACGAAAUGAAAAAUGGAGAAGAAUUCAAUUCACGACCCGCUCGCAAGCUGUCUCAAAGUUUCAAUUUGAAUAUUGGCGGAGACACAAGUGUUUCGAUUAAGCAGACAUUGCUGAGCACAAUAGGGAAUAUAAUUCUUUCCCAUUCUCAGUACAAAAGAAGCUUUGACUCACAUUUCAAGGCUUUUGUGUGUGCAGGACUGAAUCACAAAAUGCUAGUUCCAUGGUUACGACUCAUAUUCCGAUUCCAGCCGUUAAUUGAAAAUUUCUACCAGCCUUGGAGCUAUGUUGCAAAAACUGGAUUUGAAGAUAGUCUGAAAAGCUUAGAUAAGUUAUCACACUACCAGUUUGAUCUUCCCGUCGAUUUGGCCAUCAGCCAAUUACAAAACAUAAAAGAUGCUUUUUAAAAAACCGAAAUUAUUUGUCAGUUAUCGUCAGUUACCAUUGUGUUUUUUGUUUGUUUUGUUUUUCAUUGUUCAACUUUCUUAAUUAAUUAUAAGAGAAUUACGGAAGUUA